GGCUAACUAGCAGCUAGCGGGUUACGCAGCAGCGCUCCGUCGUCUGGCAGCUAAUAAAACAUCGGACCGAUGCUUCGGGAGGCGGCCUGAGCUCGCCCCCUCACGCUAUAUGAAUGUUACCCGUUGAAACCCGCGGAAGCCGCCUCUGAAAGCCACCGCGUCUCACGGAUGUUACCGUCACGAUUGUUUAUUGUUCAUCGGUGGCCCCUUUCCCGUUUUUGGCCGAGCUAGCUAACCAGCUGAAUAUAGCCCGUUAGCAUUAGCAUCGCCUGAUGGCAGAGCCCAAGAGCCGCUCGAUCAAAGAAGGCCCUGCAUGGCAGCGAGGCAGCGGCGCCACUGAGCAGCCAACCCGCCGCCGGGGCAGCAUGGCGUCCCGCCACAGGAACUCGGUCCGGAUCCUGUCCAGCCGGGAGCGCGGCGCCCAGAGCGGCGGCGCCCAGCGGCUGCUGCAGCUGCUGGUGGAGGAGAAGGUCCGCUGGAUGAAGUCUCUGAUGGCGUCCACCCAUGUGAACCACAACAUUUACAUAACGGAGGUGAAGACUGGAAAGUGCCUACAUUCCCUGGUGGGCCACCGCCGGACGCCCUGGUGUGUGACCUUUCACCCCACCAUUCCCGGCCUGGUGGCCUCGGGGUGCCUUGAUGGGGAGGUCCGGAUCUGGGACCUGCAUGGGGGCAGUGAGAGCUGGUUCACAGACAGCAACGUGGCCAUCGCCUCUCUGGCCUUCCACCCCACGGCGCAGCUGCUGCUCAUCGCCACCAACAACGAGCUGCACUUCUGGGACUGGAGCCGGCCGGAGCCCUUCGCCGUCGUCAAGACGGGCAGCGAGACCGAGCGGGUCAGGCUGGUGAGAUUUGACCCGCUGGGCCACAACCUGCUGACCGCCAUUGUGAACCCAUCCAACCAGCAGAGUGAGGAGGACUCGGAGGUCCCCAUGGACAGCGUGGAGCUGCCCCCCUUCCGGCAGCGCUCCUUCCUGCCCUCCCAGCCGGUGCGCCGGACGCCCAUCCUGCACAACUUCCUGCACAUCCUGUCGGCGCGGCCGGGGGCGCCGGCACCCGGCGAGCAGAGCCGGGCCCAGAACCCGGCCCAGAACCAGAACCCGGCCCAGAGCCCAGCCCAGAACCCGGAGCCCGGCGGGCCCUUCCCGGGCUGCACGCAGCACCUGGGCGUGGCCUGCCUGUGCAGCCGCUGCAGUGCCGCCCCCCCAAUGGCGCCCUCUGCCCCCCCAAUGGCGCCCGCCGUCCACCCGCUGGGGCCUGCCGCCCCCCCACUGGCGCCCCCCUUGGCCGACACCCCCCCGCUGUCCUCCACCUACUCCUCGGCCCGGACCGAGCCCCGGCCGCCUUCGGACCGGCCCUCCGCCUUCACCUCCGUGUACUACGGCGCCGGUGGCGUUGGCGUUGGCAACGGCGUGGAGCCGCACGGCGCCCCCAGAACCGGGCCGGACUGGACCCGGAACCUGCUGAGCAUGCGGGAGGGCCUGCUGCCCCCCAGGACCUCGUCCUCCUCCUCGGUCAGCCUGCUGUCGGUGCUGAGGCAGCAGGACGGCUCCGCCCACUCGCCGCUCUACACCUCCGCCAGCGAGGGGCGGGGCUUCCCGCCGGGGGACGCCGCCCGGGACGCCGCCGGCACCAGCAGCGGGCACCACCCCUUCUGGGACGGCUCCCGUGGCGGCGGCGGCGGCAGCGGCGGCGGCUUCCGCAACGCGCUGCAGUGCAACCUGAGCCGCUACUUCCUGGAGAUCGACCGCAUCGACAUGGACCCGGCACUGGGCGGCGCCGUGGCGACCGACGGCGCCGGGGCCGGCGGCGCCCAGGAGCCCAGCCAGGAGCUGCUCAACAACAAUCUGGAGCCGGCCCGGCCCGGCCCGUCCUCCCCCAACAUCGUGCACUACCAGCCCCCCCUGCCGCCCCCCCCGCUGGACGGCGGCGGCGCCCCCCCGCACGCCGCCCGCGGCCACCUGAACCGCUGCCGCGCCUGCCACAACCUGCUGACCUUCAACCACGACUCCCAGCGCUGGGAGCGGACCAGCCAGACCUCCUCCACCUCGGCCUCCGGCCUAGAGCCCGCCCCCUCGGGCCUGGGCCCCGCCCCCUCAGGCCCUGGCCCCGCCCCCUCCCCGUCCGCCGCCCCCUGGCAGCCGGAGGAGGGCCGGCGGGGGCUGGAGGCUCCGCCCCCGGGGAGGACCGGGCCUCCGGAGCCCAGCCAGCAGCCUCCCCACCCAGCAGGGGCAGCACCAGUGGCCUUCCCCUUAGCCCCGCCCUCAUUCCCUUUAGCCCCGCCCCCAUUCCCCCUGGCCCCGCCCCCCAGCCAGGCGGCAGAGCAGACGGUGGGCCUGAUGUACAACCAGGACACGGCGCAGUGGGAGCGGGUGCUGUCCCCGGCUGCCUACUAUGCCCAGAGGAUGAUCCAGUACCUGUCCAGGAGGGACAGCAUCCGCCAGCGCUCCCUGCGCUACCAGCAGAACCGGCUGCGGGCCAUGUCCAGCUCCAUGUCCGGCUCCAUGUCCGGCACCAUGUCCGGGUCCAUGUCCGGCUCCUCCGACCCGCCCGGCAACCCGCCCGGCGCCAUGGACGGCGGCGAAGUCGAUUUCGAGGACUUGGAUGAUAAUGGAGACCGAGCACGGCACCGGACGCCCCGAAACGCCCGCAUGUCGGCGCCCUCUCUGGGUCGCUUCGUCCCCCGGCGCUUCCUGCUGCCAGAGUACCUGCCCUACGCCGGGAUCUUCCACGAGAGGGGGCAGCCGGGCCUGGCCACCCACUCCUCUGUCAACCGGGUGCUGGCUGGCGCCUCCAUCGGGGAUGGACAGUCUGCGGUUGCCAGCAACAUUGCCAACACCACCUACCGGCUGCAGUGGUGGGACUUCACCCAGUUCGACCUGCCCGAGAUCAGCAACGCCUCCGUCAACGUCCUGGUGCCGAACUGUAAGAUCUACAACGACGCCAGCUGCGACAUCUCGGCCGACGGCCAGCUGCUCGCCGUCUUCAUCCCCAGCAGCCAGCGCGGCUUCCCCGACGAGGGCAUCCUGGCCGUCUACUCCCUGGCCGCCCACAACCUGGGAGAGAUGCUCUACACCAAGAGAUUCGGUCCCAACGCCAUCUCGGUCAGCCUGUCCCCGAUGGGCUGCUACGUGAUGGUGGGCCUGGCCUCACGCCGCAUCCUGCUGCACCCCACCACCGACCACAUGGUGGCCCAGGUCUUCAGGCUGCAGCAGCCCCACGGGGGGGAGACCUCCAUGAGGAUGGUCUUCAACGUGGUCUACCCGAUGGCUCCAGACCAGCGGCGCCACGUCAGCAUCAACUCGGCCCGCUGGCUGCCGGACCCGGGGAUGGGCCUGGCCUACGGGACCAACAAGGGGGACCUGGUCCUCUGCCGGCCUGUGUUCUACCGCAGCGACGGGGACGGCCCGGCAGAACCCAGCAGCGAGCCGCUGUUCUCCGUCAACAACAGCGGCACCAGCCGGACCCGAGGUUCUGAGCGGCCCGGGAACCCCGCCCCCUCGGUGACAUCACAGGGGACCCAGACGCCCGUCAUCCAGCUGCAGAACGCCCAGACCCAGACGGACCUGGCAGAACCCGCCGGCUCCCGGCCGCCACCCGGUUUUGAGGCUCCGUCCACGAGCCGAGCGGCGGCGUUGGAGGGCGGCGUGGAGGACGGCGCCAUGUUGGACCCUCCAGCCGAGCCCACCACCUCUGCGGCCGGUUCUGGCCCGGCCGAGCCGGCAGAACCGGGCCCUGGCGAGGACGCGCUGGCCCGCAUCCGGCGGCUGAUCGCAGAGGGCGGCAUGACGGCCGUGGUGCAGCGCGAGCAGAGCACCACCAUGGCCUCCAUGGGCGGGUUCGGCAACAACAUCAUCGGGAGGCCCCAGGCCCAGGGGGGGCCUCCAGAGGGGAGGCCCCAGGCCCUGGGAGGGCCUCCAGAUGAGGGGCCCCUGGACCGGCCGGACCAUCGCAGCCGGGGG